AUGGAGCUACCCUGGUUUCUCGAGUUGUGUAGACGUGAUGCCACCUACGACCCGGGGGUGGCGUACCUGCGCUGCAAACAGUACCUGUGGGAGAGGAGCCCGCCCAACGACGAGGACGGUCGGCCCAAGCUGGUGGUCCCGCCGCGAGCAAUCUACCGGCUCAAGUUCGAGCCGCCCUUUCAGUUCUCGGACGAGUUGGAGCAGCUGCUGCACAAGUGGAUUUACAUGACCCAGGCGAGCGUCAAUUUCAACUGCACGCCCUUUUUCGUAAAGUACAUUUUUCGCAUGGUGACCGAGGGCCAGUGCGUGAUCGUGCUCGACACGACCAACGACCGCUACGUCACGCUCCGGUACAACCCGAGCCGCGGCAUCUACCAGCAGGAGGCCAUGACAAACAUGAUCGUGCCCCUGCAGAACGCCAUUUUCAAGGUGAUUCUGAGCAACAUGCACUGCAAGGACCCUUACGGUCCGCUGGACAUGAUGUUGAAACUGUACGACUCGCUGGGCAACCUGAUAAACAUGCAGAAACUGAUAAAGAUGGAUCUAAGCAGCGCCGACAUCGGGGACCAUCAGUCCAAGCCGUCGGGCGACCGCUACCUCGUGUUCCCCAACAGCACCACGUACGACCUGCGCGAGGCAAAGUUUGUGUCCUGGGACCCGAGCCAGAUCUGCAUGUACCGGGCCGAGAUCGAUCCGUCGCUCGGGCUGGGCGAGUACAUCGACCACUACUCGGUCGAGGUGCAUCCGCUGCGAGGCGGCCGCGAGUACCUGCGCAAGAUGCUGUUUAGGAUCGUCGACUGCGCGCACGCCAUCUUCUGCAAGCAGGCCCAGUUCAAGCAGGAGUACGUGUGCAAGACCUUCCACCGCGAUCGCGUCAAGAAGACCAUGACCAAGCUGUUCUCCGUCGAGGAGAUGCGGCGCGCCGUGAACGACGACGAGCUCUUCGAGGAGCAGUACAUGAUCGCGUGUCGCUACCUGUCGGUGCGGCACAUGAUCACGAGUAAGCCCGAUGCGUUCAACCUCAUCUACAACGACCUGGUCGUUUGUGGCAAGGAGGACGACGACGGUGGGCCCGUCGUAUUUGUCAAGAAGCGCAUGACGUACGAGGAGAAGAUCUGGGCCAUAUUCGACGACAUCUUCGGCAGCAGGCGCAUGUCCGAGAUGGUCAUGAACUACCUGGCCAUCGGGCUGAGCACGGGCUCGCGCAGCAGGGAGAUUCUCUACCUGCACGGCGAGGCGGUGAACGGCAAGAGCGUCUUCAUCAACAUUCUGUCGGCCGCGCUGGGCGGCAGCGGCAGCAAGCUCAUAAUCAACCUGAACGGCGAGUACUUUACGGGCCGCAGCAACCACAUGGACACCACGUUCAGAAACUCAAACUCGGACCUGCGCUUUCUGUUUGUUUCCGAAAUGUCGGUGCUCGAGGUGACGUCGGCGGGAAAGGCGCUGCUCAAGCGCUUCACGGGCGGCGACAUCAUAAACCAGCGCGCCCCGUACGCGGCGCUCAACAAGGAGUUUCGCGUGACGGCCAAGAUCGUGGCCACUUCGAACGAGCUGCCCUACUUCCACCCGGGCGAGACGGCCGAGAUCUCGCGGUUCCUGAUCGUGCCCAUGCUGUCGUACUUUUACAACGGCAAGAGCGCGCUGCGCAAGCGGCACCUGCUGUACGCGACCAACGACCGGCACGCGCGGCGCCUGUUCGGGGCCGAGUACCCGCUGCUCUUCUCGGAGUACGUGGAGCUGCUCAACGCCAAGGCCAACACCAUGUUCGACUGCCCGGCCGAGUCGAUGGGCGCCGUCAACACGCUGCUGCCGAGCGACACGCCGACGCUGACGGCGCGCCAGGAGCCCGGCAUCAAGUCGAUUCCCGUGUACCGGCACAUGCUGGGCGACAGCUCGCUGGGCAACGAGGAGGUGAUCCGGAAGCUGGGCGCGGCGCUGAUGCGCAUCCUGACCAAGGACGUGAUUCCGCGCAUGGGCGGCGUCGACGACACAAACUACAAGCGCUACACGGCCGAGUUCGAGGAAUACAUCCGCAAGAACACGCCCGUGUUUGCGUCGUACAAAAACGUGAUCACGGCCAUGCUGAGCUUCAAGCUGGUUCGCGUCGCGACUCCGCACGCGUUCGUGCCGGUCGAAGAGCUGCGCGAGCUCGUGAAGAACGACAUCGCCAACUUUAAGCGAACUGUCACGACGGACAUGUUCGGCAUCUUGUACACGGGCAAAAAGGUGCCCCACGCCAUGGUCAACGCACACGAGUGCCUCAAGAGCGCCAACGCGUUCGAGCUCGAGCGAAUCGGAAUCAAAGUGAGCAAGAUACGGCCGCCGGGGGGCGACGGAGGCGCGGGCGGGGUUCGAGUCAUCAAAAGGUUCAUGCUGGCCAACGCGUACGCCGACAUGAUAGCUAGGGAACAGAAGCGCACGUCCAUACUGGACGCCGUGGUUGACGAUCCGCACCUCGAGCGCUACGAAACCAUCUACUCGAUGGAGCAGCUGGACACGCUCGAGAAGCAGGACGCGUACACGAGGCGAAAGUUUUUCAGGAGCACCGCCACCGGCACCAACGAGUACGGAACCGACGUGGCGGACAGUGCGCAGCACAUUUACUGGGACACCAUGAAUAAGAAAAAGAAGAAGGUUAAGCGUUUGCUCAUGAUGUCAAACGGCGACGGCGGCAGUAGCGACGACGACGGGGACGAAGAAGAAGAAGAAGAUGCCACCGAUGUCGACGAAGCAGUAGGCGACGACAGCACGACGACGGUGGUGGUUGAAUAAAAAUGACAAUAAAAAACCCUUCGCCAUUAUAUGCAUAUCAUUUGUUGGGACACGGGAAAAAAAGCGCACAUACUUAAAAAUAGUAUAAUGGAGGACGAUCGAUCAUCCAACAACGCUAUCGAUGAGAAGGCGCAACGAAAAGAAGGCGCGCGCCGCUCUGCUGGGCCGAUGCAACGUGCCCGGCACCAAUGGGAGCAUUUCGAGUUAUUACGGUGACGACCGAGAGAAAAAGCAACAAAAGAAGAAGCAAAAAGUGCAGUGACCUUUAUUUUUUUUUCUACUACGUGUUGUGCGUGCUAAAUCACGGGGAAAAGACAGAGCGAAUGCAGAUGCAAGGGUGGGAGAGAGAGAGAAACAGCCCCAUCCCUCAUUUGGACCACCACCAUUUACUCCCCCUAAAGACACAGUUCAUCAAAGUCACUGUCGCAAGCUGUCAGCGCGUCGUCACGAGCACCUGGGAAUUACGAUAUCCAACUCCGUCGUGUUGCGCAAUAAAGUUAUCACCACCGAGGUCAAGGCUAAAAACGGAAAGAGAAAGGAAUAAAGUGUUUUUUUUUCUCAAUUACAAUUGGUCUGGUCUCUUUCUGGGAAAAAAAUGACGCGGUGCAAUUAACGGUGGCGUGCAGCACAAAAGUUGCACUUGUGUAUUGUUUUUUGGUGUCUUUCAGAUGCCAGCCGGUGGGAGGGGAGAGAAAGUAGUUAUCGGCGACUUUGUUUUUCACGCGGCAGACACGUGUACAGCAGCUGCCCUUCCUUUUUUACCGGGCGGGAUGUUGCUACAAUAAGAAGGCUGCUUGUUUUUUAUUUUUUUGUUCUGUUUCCCCCUGUCAUCGUUCAAUCAGUGGUGUGUGUGCAGCACGUAACAGGAGCUCCUUUUUCCCCCGGACGUAGAGAGGGGGGGAGAAGUUUUGCGUGUUGUCGCGGUAACGGAGGAUGUUGCGAGAGGUGGGAAAUGACGGCAUCGUGGAG